AUAACCGACACUAAAGGUGAAUCAAUAUUUGAUGUUUUGAAGGAUUACUUCAUUGAAAAAGCAAUUCCUUUAUCAAAUAUAAUGUGCCAUGGUUGGACGUUAUCGUGGAUUUAUAAGCUAUUUAAAACAAAAUGUGUCAGGGGUGUUAGCAAUACAUUGCGUCAUCCAUCGACAACACUUAGUUGCUAAAAAAUUGAGUGUUAGAUUGCAUGAAUCACUUCAUUUACUCAUUUGCGCAGUUGUGUGAAGAAAAUGACGAACACUUGCAUCAAUUACUGCUUCACACUGAAGUACGCUGGCUGUCGAAAGGC